AUGGCUAUUGCCCAUACCAUCCAAACACAGGACAUUCAGGCCGUCAUCUCUAUCGGGUCCGGUUCCUACUCCGACGCAUGCAAGAUCGCCGUCAUGCUCAGUGCAACUCUCCCCACCGGCUUCGGCAUUGACGAUAUGGAAGCCCUGGUCGAUCAGGUUCACGGUCUGGCUGGCCCCGGCGGGAUUAAAGCACCCACCACCAAGCUCAUCUGCGUGCCGACCAGUCUCAGCGCCGGAGAGUGGAACCACUAUGCCAGCGGCACCAAUGCUCAGGGCAAGAAACAGCACUUUGUGCACCCCGAAGGAUCCCCGAGCUUGAUCCUGAUGGACCCGCGCAUCGCGAGUACCAUGCCCUCCCACCUGUGGCUGGCGUCGGGGGUGCGGGCUGUGGAUCAUUUCGUGGAGACACUGUGCAAUCCCGAGUGCCACGAGGAAGCCACGGCGCACAUCAAGAAGGGGCUGCCAAUCCUGAUCCAGGGUCUCAAAGAUUAUCACACCGGUCAGGAAAAGCAUAAUGAGGAGGAAUUGCUCCAAGGCAUCUCGGAAUGUCAGCGCGGUUCACGGGAUGCUCUCCUGCCCUUCAUCCAAUGGAAGAUUCCCAUGGGGCCAAGCCAUGCGAUCGGCCAUCAACUCAUUCUGCGUAACAGGGGAGUGUCGCUGGCGUGCAGCAUGAGUUGCAUCAUCUUGCCCGCAACAUUGCGAUACACCAAGCCUCAAAGCGCGGCUGCCCAGAAGGUAAUCCUCGACAUCUUCAACUCGGUGUUGGGGUUCCAGGAGACUGAAGCCGCUGACGCCAUGUUACGGUUUGUGCAACUCCUGGGGAUGCCAUCCCGGCUGUCCGAGGUCAACGUGACCAGUGACGAGCAGUUGCACAAGAUCGCCGAUAUGAGUUUGACCGACGUCUUGGCGAAGAGAGUGAACAUGCCCGACAAAGCUGCUUCUGAGUUGGGAAAAUACCAGACUGCAGUGAACAUGCCUUUUAGUUCUCAGGAUUCCGGAGUGACUGGCGCCGCCAAAUUCGUCACAUCGACCCUCGGCAACGCGGUCGGGGGCGUCUCUCGCACCGUUGGCGGGGUGACAGGCGCCGCGGGGCGAGGUGUCGGCGAUACCAUCACCGGCGCCACGGGGAGCGCAGGGAAGCCCGUCGGCGAUGCAUUGGGGAGCGUGGGAAGCGGCGUGGAGGAUGGAGCCCGGAAGGUUGCCAAGGGAAUUGAGGAUGCUGGACAGUGGAAAUGA